UUUUGCUUGCGCGGCCACGGGCACGCACACUGGGGGCUCGGCCCUACGCAAUGGAAAGGCGGCGCGCUCGACUUAAAGCAGCGCGUUGUCCUGCUCUGUGUUGAUGUGUCGCAGAUUUUGCAAAAGUGAGGCAGGCAGGCAGCUGGAGUUUGGAGUGAGAGGAAAAGGCAGAGACUCAGCGCUCAAAGCAAGUGUUCACACCGGGAGAGAUCGGCUGCAGUCGCACUUUAAGGGAUUUCCUUCCCCCACCUCCCCCGACCCCCCCACACCCCCUGUCCUCUGUAGCGUAACUAUUUUAAUUUCAGCACUUGGACAAUAACAACAGAGAGACAGUUUACGACUUGUUUGGAGCGUGUGGAGCAGCGCGCGGAGAUGGAGCUGUCAUCAAUAGGAGACCAAGUGUUUGCUGUUGAGUCAAUAACAAAAAAGAGAGUGAGAAAGGGUAAUGUGGAGUACCUACUGAAAUGGCAAGGAUGGCCACCAAAGUACAGUACUUGGGAACCAGAGGAAAAUAUUUUGGACCCGCGUCUGGUCCCGGCCUACGAAGAGAAUCAGGAGAAGAUCAGAGCUCUGGCCUAUCGCAGGAAAGGUCUCAGACCCAGGAGGCUCGUGCUGCGGAAUAUCUUUGCCAUGGACCUCCGCAGUGCCAACAAGGCCUUGGAGAAGCCCCCCCCUCGAUUGCGCCUCUCCCUCACGCGCUCCAUGAGCACAGAUGUGGACCAGGGCGAGCAGAGCAGCCUGUACCGUGGCCUAGCCAGGAGGAAGAGCAAGCAGAGGGUGUCCAAACGGGGGCCAGCGGGACCCUCAAACAAAACCACCUUUCCACUGGAGAAGCUGGAGGAGCCCAUUGAAGAAGACUGGGGCGUCACCAGCGAAGAAGAGAAGCAUGAGUCUGAAAGCAUUACCGAAGAGAGAAGUAAAGACCGUUUAUAUGGUCAGUCAGAGUGUGGCUCCCCUCCCUUGCUUGAGCGACAGGACUUAGCGAUGGACGUAGAGGAGAAGGAGGACGCCGACCUGACAGCGGUAGGCACAGAAACGUGGAUCGACAGACCGGGCGGAGGGACAUCCAAAACGAGACAGAACCAAACGUUUGCGUGUGACCAAUCAAAAGACAGCGUCUCGGUGCCUGAGGCCAUACCGGAAGAUGUGGUUUCUGUGAGCGACAGGUCCGACUGGGACCUAGGUGAGGAGAGCGUGGAGUCGGAAGGAUUGGAGAUUAGAUUAGAGAGCAGUGUUUGUCAGAGCAGCAGCACGACCUCGGUGAUAGUGAGCGUUCAGGGGAGCGGCAAGACGGCAUCUGAGUGCUCCCCUACUGAGGCCAGGAAGGAGGAAGGGAGUGACGACAGUCCGAGCGUUACCACGACGGCGCCGGGCGCUCAGACUGCCCCCGUUGCAGCAGAACAACCCGGGAACGUGAUUUCUACAGACGUGACUAUCAACUCUCUGACGGUGACUAUUAAAGAAGCCGUUGUGGCUGAAGGCUUCUUUAAGGGCUAUUGAAUAAUAAGAAAGAGAUGAAGAGAGAUCAGAAUAACCAUAAUUAGACUAGCCACUCAUUUUAUACAUGUAAACAUAUGUGUAUAUUGAGUAAUUCCAUCCAUUUUAAUCCGCUUAUCCGUGGCCGGGUCGCGGGGCAGCAUGCUGUAAGCAAGGUAUUCCCUCGGACAUCCCUCUGCCCAGCAACGUUUUCCGACUCUUUCUGGGUAACCCCGUGGCGUUCCCAGGCAAAAUGAGAUAUAUAAUUUCUCCAGCGUGUUCUGGGUCUACCCCGGGGCCUUUUAUCAGUUGGACGGGCCUGGAAAACCUCUAAUGGUGUGCUCACACCAAAUUCAAAACAUAAUUUUCAAGUAGCGUGAUUGCGAUUGUGAACGACAAAGUCAAUGCAAAGACGCGAAUAGGUAGUCGGGAAAAUCAAAAAGGGUUCAGAUACUCGUGCAUAGCAUAGCCAUGAUCGUUCCAAACUGUGACAAAGCAUAAAUUCGGACUUUUUGGCAUCGUGAUGUCGUUAUUUUUGGCGUACUUUUAUCCCUUUAUUGCAAUUAACCACAGCUAAAUCUGUACCUCAAGUAGCGCUGGAAGCGGCAGUCAUCCAGAUGCACUUCCUGUGUGCCUCCGGAUGAUGUUAUGAACCCAGACGCGAUUUGGUUUUUCCGACGUAUCUGGGACUUCCACAGUGGGUACAAAGCAGCAGAAGUGGUUAUUUGGCCAUGGUUGAUGAGGGAAAGGAACGUUGUUGGUGCACUACACCGGCAAGUCUCAUGUGAGUAACGCAAAUAAACACAAAUGCUCCCAAUAUGAGUUCUCUUCGCGGUUGGUGUAAACCGAACAUAACGGGAGGCCCCCAGGAGGCAUCCUGAUCACAUGACCGAACCAACUCAACUCGACCCUUUAGAAAUAGCAGCUGCUCUACUCCAAGUUACCUCCGGAUGUCUGGGCUCCUCACCCUACCAUAAAAGCUGAGCCCAGCCACCCUACGGAGGAAACGCAUUUCGGCUGCUUGCAUCUGUGAUGUCAUCUUUUUUGGUCACUACCCAAAGCUCAUGACCAGGGAGUUCCCGCAGAUUUUAAACAAAUAAAAAAAUAAAAUAAAAUAAAACUCUGAAUGUUAACACAUCUCCAUCCCAAGCAGAAAGACAGUCCGCUAAAAUUCCGCAAACUUUGAUUAUGGAUCAACGCUAAAAACUGUAAAAAAACAUCCGCAGAUUCCGUUUGGGUCUGCUCAUGACCAUAGGUGAGGGUCCACACGUAGAUGGACUGGUAACGCUCGCGUCACUGCUGACGCCGCAUCAAACCGCCUGUCCAUCUUUCACUCCAUUUUACCUUCACUCGUGAACAAGAGAUACUUGAACUUCUUCGCUUGGGGCAGUAACUCACUCCCAACCCAAAGGGAGCAAUCCAUCGAGAGCACCACGGCCUCAGACAUUUACUGACUCUCGUCCCAACCGCUUCACGCUCCCCUGCAAACCGCCCCGGAGCAUGCUGGAGGUCACGGUCUAAUGAAGCCAACAGAAUCACAUCAUCUGCAAAGGGAUGGAUAAGUCUUCCCCCCCCCAAGUCUUCAAACUCUGCCUCCUCCACAGAGGAUGCGUUAGUCGGGUUCAGGAGUUCCUCAAAGGGCUCUUUUCACUGCUCGACAAUAUCUCCAGUCCGGGUCCGCACUUCUCCUCCCCUGCUGAACACCGCCUUAGCCAAGCCCUGCUUUUCCUUCCUAAGUUGUUUAAAGGUUUGCUAGAACUUCCUUGAGGACAAGCAAAAGUCUUUCUCCAUAGCCUUCCUGAACUUCUCCCCCCACCCUGGUCUUAGCCCGUCUGGCCAACCGGCAGCUUCAGGAGACCCCUGGGCCAACCGAGCCGAAAGGCCUCCUUCUUUAGCUAAAAGGGUCAUUAGGUUGCUGCCACGAACAGGCACUGACGAACUUCUGACCACAGCUCCCUAGUAUCUGCCGCCAUAAUGGAGGUUUUGAACAUGGCCCACUCAAAUUCCCCUGUCCUCAACCUCCCCGGGAUGCACAGAAAAAUUCUUCCGGUGGCGGGAGUUGAAGACCUGGCGGACAGGAGCCUUAGCCAGACAUUCUCAGUUCAUCCAGCCCCUCUCCAGGAGUUUGGUUCCAGAACCAGUGCAAAUAUAUCUAGCCGAUAUCGCUCCGCCUCCCGCACCAGCUCCGGUUCCUUCCCCCGCCAGAGAGGCGACGUUCCACGUCCCUAUAGAGCCAGUCUGCGAUGCCAGCGGUCAGAACGCCAAGGUUCCCUCCUUUGCCUGCCGCUCGGCUCACAAUGCAGCCAACCCCAUUGCCUAUCCCUGCGAGUGGUGGGCCCACAGGGUGGCAGCUCCACGUUUGUUCUGUCAAGAUGUGCCUGACCGAGCCCCACAAGUCAAGACUCUAUAGGUAAUUCCACGUGUUUACAAAGCUACACUCGUUUCCUACUGAGUUCAAGAAGACAUUGUUGCCUUUGAAUAAUUAAUGAGUGGUCAUUUUAUCAUUGUGGCUCAUGUAUUAGGCGUGAUAGGAAGCCCGAGGCCCCAAAAAAUGUCCUCAAAUCAUCCAUUGCAAUCCAGAGGACUAAAUGGAUCUCCAUGGCAGCUUUCAUUCCUGGGGUCACUGGGUUCUCUGAGAGGUGGAGACAGAUGCUGAGACAACAAACGAAACAAACCACAUUACUACUUCCAUGCAGCUACUUUUUCCAGUCAUCCUCCAGCCAGACACACUCAUAUCUGUUCUUGGGGCCUGUUUCAGUCGCUCCUUUUUCUUGAUAAUAAUGUUUUGUAAAGAUAUUGUUCUUU